AUGUCUGAUCAAGAAGAAGAAGAAAUCACCCGUUGUGUCUGUGGUGAACAAGAGCCUGCUGACGAAUCAGGGCUAUAUAUCCAAUGUGAGCAAUGUUCAGUAUGGCAGCAUGGGUUUUGUGUCGGUAUUGUAGAAGAAGUUCCUGAUAAAUACUGGUGUGAACAAUGUAAACCAGAGUUGCAUGAUUUAUAUACAGAUGAAGAAGGUCGUAAACGGUCGCAUUAUCUGCCAGUUCAAGAAACAUUAGAACCACAGGAAUCAGAGCAUGAGAUAAUUGAGCCAGAAGAAGUUGCAAUACCUGAAGAGACGCAGCCAGAAAAGAGAAAUGAGGAUGUUAAAGAGGAAGAACAAGAAUCAAACGAACAGGAACAAACGGCUGAAUCCAUCGCUUACGAAAAUGAAGAAGAUAUCGAUGAUGAAGAUACUGAUCUCCAUGCUUUGAGUAAAAGAGCUAGUCGUUCUUCUAGAGAAGAACAACAAUAUCAACGAAUGUUGGAGCAAGCUAUUAAAGAGAGCCAGAUGGAUACACCAGGUGAUGAAGAAUUAGCAAAUGGAGAUACCCCAAAACUGGAACUUAAAACUGAUGAGCACGGUGCCUCGGAAAGCAAAGAACAAAUUUCAAUCAAGUCUCUUGAAGAUAAUACUGCUACUACUGAACCUGAAUCGCAAACCGAUGUCCCAGAGGAUGAAGUUAAUCAAUCAUCAAAGGUUAUAACAGAGGACGAAAAUACUGCACCAACAAAGGAAAGACAAAAAAUAAUAAGAAAACCAAAUAGAAUCACAAAGAAACCAAGAAGAACUAACAGUAGGAGAAACCUUACUGAUAAACGUAAUAAUUCCAAUUCUAAAUCUAAGGAUAAGUUGGUGGAUGUGACUGCCAAUAACUCAGUAAAACCAAGAUUACCUUCGCAGAGAACCACUAUGAACGAAAUGAGAAGGAGAACAUCAGCUAUCUUGGAAUUCAUAUCAAGAACACAAUGGGAUUUGGAGAAUGUACAACUGGAGAGAGAUGACCUAAUACGAUUUGUAGAAAAUGAUCAGUUUAUUGAAAAGAUUGAUAACAUAUUUUCACAAAAUAAAGAAGCAUUGACGGUGAUGAAUGACUUAACUCAAAAAUUAUUAAAUUGGGAAAAGCAUUACUCUAAAGAAAGAUAA